CGGCGCUCCCAAGGGUAAAGGUGGUUCUGUUUAGUGCCGCGCUGACUGUUAUUUGGUUGCUGUUCUCAACAGGAACGUUUUCACUUUUCCAACAUGUCCAUCAGCCGGAAGAACUGGUCAGCGUUGUCCAGCCUAACGCGCCAGUGGACGAUGGAAGAUGAAGAGGAAGUAGAGAGGGAGAAGAGGAGGAGGGUGAGGAGCUCCAGCAGUACCGCUGACCUUGAUUCUGAGUCUAACCAAACAGCCGGAGACACACCCACCGCCGACGGCACCCGCGGGACAGACGGCACAAAUGAGGUGUCCCUGAGCCCCAGCAGUCAGGAGCAGCUACAGUUGGAUUUUGUGGAGAUGCUGCGUCUGCGAGAUGAAAAGCGAAGGCUGAGACAUGUGGAGGCGCUGAGGAGACAGAAAGAGAAGGAGGAGGUUGAAGCAGGAGUCUGCACAGGAGGAGAAAGCAGGGCCAGGAUGGAUGAAGGAGGUGCACCGCCUUCAGUGAGCUCCACAUCCAAACCAGAGCAGUCCGUAAAAGCAACCCCUCACAGUCCCACCAGCACCACCCUCACAGACACACAGCAUAAAAGUGAUUGUUCACCAGGCGGCCCUGUCAAUUACGAGCCCCCUUCCAGCCGGACCCGUAAAUUUGUCAGUUCUGUGUCCAUCUCACUUGACCGGACUCCGUCUGUCAGUGAGUGUAGCACUCCCAUGAGCCCUCGCUCCCCUACGGACCCUUUUUACCCUCAAGAACAUUGGCCCUCACCUUGCCAGAGUCCAACUCCUGCAGGAACCCGAAGCCCCGCUCAGAGCCAACAGACACAAGAGGCUGGUGUGAAUGGAUCCUCAGCCAGCUCUGAACAGACCCCCAAACCUGCCUUGAUCAGAAAGAGCUCCAGGACUGUGUCUUUCAGGAUGAUGAGAAAGAAAGAAGAGCAUAUGGCUUUCCAAAGGAGUGCAAGUGUCAGGAUGGCUUCCAAGAAAUUUGAAUCCAACAUGGAUCAAAACCAAGAAGACAAACCUCCAUCUUUCCAGAGAAAUUCCAGACAGAGGGUGUCAUCCAGGUCCAUUCAGGAGAAGAUGGAGCGACUUUCCCAGGCUGCACAGAAGUCAGAAAUGCCGCGAUCUCCAGAUGUGACCCAAAGGACCCUGGUCCUGCAUGACGCAGUGUCCAGGAAGAGAGAUCUUUAUGAGCAGAAGGCAUCGAGUCCCACCAGUCCUGGAGUUUCCAAACAGGAAUUCAGAAGCUUCUCAUCAGGAGUAUCAGAGCGGAUCAAUCGUUGGAUCAGCAAGGCCAGCCAACAUGGAUCUUCACACAUUUCUAGGGACAUGAAACAUGUGGAUAUUAGCAGUAAGAGAAGCCUGUUUGAAACAGAAGACAAUACCGCAAAAGCCAACAAUAAAAAAUUCCACACUUGAAGGAUGACUUUUUAAAAUGCCCAGUCGGUCUGUGUGUAAUGGAGUCAGGAGAAGGAGAGACCUGGAGCAUUGCUGGACGAGAUGACUGAUUCUUUCUUUGAGGUUUUUUUUUUUUUUAAGUUUUUCUUCAUCUUGCACAGGAUGGAACGAAAGGCGACAGCAAGACAAACAGGGAUGGGACUUGUAGCUUUGAAAGACUGAAUGAGACUGUUUUGCUUCUCUGAUUUGUUUCACUUACACAUUGUUUCAAACUUUAGCAUGAAAGAAACUCUGAGACAUGAUUCAUUGUGUGGCAGCAUGAGAAAAAAAGACAUGUGAGAACACAAGAAACUUGAUGGAUAAAGAGGUUUCAGAUGUUUGUUGCAAACCUCUUUGUCCCAACAUUAUGAUUAAUAAAUGAGAAUUAUUUUUAUUGAAUUACAUCCAAUUUUGGAGAGCAUAAUCUCCAAAAAUGUAGGUUUUUGGGGGAUUUUCGGUCCUUGUGGGUGAGUUGUUGCCUUUUAAAGAAUAAAGUGUUUUACAACGACA